AUGGUCGUUGCGUCUCGUGCGCGCUCGUCGUCGAGGCCGCUGAAUGCUUCGGCCUGGCUCCCUCCGCGGGUUACCCGGCUGGAAAGAGAAACUCACGACCUGCUCACGGCCUGCAGGAAGGCCGGUCGAUGCAAGGGAGAUGCCGCACGUGGGUAUUCUGCAACCUCUCACUCCGGGCGAAUGGCCGAUGGUACACCGCCGCCGAGGAGCGGAGAACGCCAAAGAAACGUCGAGCAAAGCGAAGCCUAUGAGCUAUUCUGGUCUGAUGAGAAGAUUGAAGACCUGGGGCGAGGGGCGGUGGUCCGUCUAAUCGGAAACCUUGGAAUGGGGCGCUACGCCCACAGGUUUCGCGCCUUUGCGGUCACGGGCUCAGAUCUUGCUUCGUGUACAGAAGAAGACCUCGUCCAGAUUGGUGUCAGCUUUAGGCCUCACAGGCUACGUUUGCUGAAGGAGAUUGCGAGACGGAAAGGGACAAGAGACAGCACCAGCAGUAGGGGGCGCGAGAAGCGCCGCAGGAGCACCGUGGUCGAUGCGUCGGUAACAGACGGAGUUAUUAGGACAAACUCGACAUCGCAACAGGAGCAUGAUCGCCGCCCUGAAAAGGCCAUCCCAGCUCUGGAGCUUCAAAAGCCGAUGGAAGCUGUCUCUACCUCCCACACUAAGGGAAAAACCAACGCUUUACACGACGUCCCCCCGACUGCUCCGACAAACGAGGUCGUCGAUUCGUCUUCGACGAGCACGGCUUGCACACCUUACGAAGACGCCGUUCCGUCCACCGUGGGCUCAGCGCCGAUUGGUCCAGACUGCACCACGACGCCGCGUGUGGCGGGGAACAACACACGCCCGUCUACUGCGAACAUGGGCGACGGGGAAAGAGAAGUGUCACCGUCGGCGCUAGUGGAGAUGUCGGAGCCAUUGCAGCUCAAUGGACGGGAUGACUCCGCAGGUGUAGACGGAGAUGGCCACCCUUCGGCGAGAGGCGAGAUCGUCAGCCGACCGCAUCAGGUGGAGGAUUCAGACAUGCCACCUGGCGGAGGCAGCUUGGUUGAUUUCGUCCGGUUUCCCGAUGCAUCGGCUGCUGCAAGGGGUGGCAAUACGCCAGGGCUGAAAGGGACGCUUCAGAUGUCCGGGGUAAGGGCGGGGGGGAUGAAGCUUGCGAUUGGCAACAACGACCCGUUCUUGCAGGUCAAAGCUUGCGAUCAGCUGCGACGGACCAAUGUGGUGAUGGGUACAGGAGCGGAAGCUAGCUGGGACGAUGCCGUCCUCUCGUUCAGCGUGACAGACCAAGCCCUCACUUCCGACGGGGUCUUGAUCGAGCUGUGCUGCGGCAACGUCGGCUCUCAGGAUCUCGUUGCCAGUGGUACCAUACCUGGCGAUGUCACGAUGCGGUUGAUAUGCCGUUUGCGUUCGAAAAGCGUUGGACGCGGCCGUGCUUGCGCCGAUAACAACGUUGCGGGGGAUUCAGCGUCCGCUAAUGGUGGCAGCAGCUUGGCUGUUGAAGUCCGCUUGUUCGCCGAACCCGGUGGCAAAGACGCCGGCGUGUGCACCCUGAACUUGAACUUUAGGCAAGACGAAGGGGAAGAAGUGGCAAACGGGGUAGAGGAUGCACAACUGCCAGGAUAUGCGAUGCAAGAUGAAGCUCAAAGGAAGUUAGAAACAACGGAGGAGGAACAGAUCCCGUUGGCCAUUGCAGCCCCUGGGGUGGCCGUGACGGCAGAUCAGACGCGGGCGGGGGCACCUACUGAUGGAGCGGAGCGCCGUCAAUCCUCGCUGGUACUUCUUCAAGAAACUGCCAGGCACAUCGAGGCCAUUGAAGAGGUUUGCCAGCUUGUCCGUCAGCAACACGAGCUUGCCGACGGUGCAGGGCAACCCGAAGGUGGUGAUGACACGCCGGUUCUUGCAAGCCAAACCCAGAGCGAACCGCCGGCUUCUACGAUUGGCCAACGAGAGUCAGAAGUUGAUUCAAGCAAUCGACAAGAGACGCAAGCGGCGGAAGAAGCACCGCGCCCUCAGGACGAAGAUAUUCUCACCGAAGAAGAAGCCGCGGUCAUUUUGCAGUCGCACACUCGCCGACGAGCCGCUAAAAAGGCCUCCAAGAGGCGGGUCAAAGAACGAACGGCCGCGAAACGAGUCCAGGCGUUCGCUCGACAGCGAAUGCAGGGGAUCUCCGGCAUUCGGGAAGCAAAGGCGGAGGUCAGGAGGCGGAAGGCGCAGAAGCAGCUUAGGGCGAAACGUGAGAAGGAGAAGGACGAUGCCGCUCUACAGAUCCAAAGUUUCGCUCGACGCCGGAAGAGGAGCCACGAACAACGCUUGGCAGGGUCGCGAAAGCGAAGCCGAGCAGCAGUCAAGCUACAGAGCAUGGCGAGGAGCCGCAGUGCGCAGUCACACGUUCGCCGAAAACGCGCCAGGCUGAGGCUGCUAAAGACGGUGGCAAGGGUAGCCGUGAAAGAAGUGCUGAAGCAAGGUCUGGAGCUUUGUGUCGCGAUUGUGAUGGAAGAGAAGGGGCGAUCCGCACCAAACGUUCGCGGGCAGGGUCUGACCAACGCAGAAGAGGGGGAGACAGGUGACGGUUCUUGGAGCGCAUCGAGAGAACCGAGUGCGGAGGCGAUGAUCGCCUCUGCUCUUAUUCUCAACGCUUACGAUCAGCAACAUACGAAGUCCGAUGGAAUCAGAGACGCCUCUCACUCACCGCUGUCCGGGGAAACCGAACUGGAGGGCGGCACAAACCCGGAGGCCAUUGCCGCCGUCAGCCGCCGAGCAUCCGACGGGAAUCACACCCAUGACGAGAUAUCAGCGUCUGGCCUGCAAGAAAUCGAGGCCGAGUCUCUCCGAAAAGCAGAAAUGCUAGCGGCCGCCGAAGAGCAACGAGCGGCGGCUCGGCGUAUCCAAAGGCUCUGUCGUAAGCGAAUAGUCCGUCGCAGAAACAACCCGUCAUCCCACGCAUCACCUGCAGUCGUCGCUUCAGGCUGCACCUCCCGUAUAACCCAGGAAUUGACAGCGUCCAGGAAAUACGAAGAAGCGGCGACCCGUAUCCAGCAAGCGUUUCGAGGUUGGUGCCUGGCACGGCAAGCAAGAACGUUGAUCGAGCGCAAGACUCAGGCCGCAAUCGCCAUUCAACUUGUGUUGGAGAUAGAAGCGGAGGCAGGGGAAAUCGCCCGGGGGAAGGCUGCUGUGCGCAUACAGCGAGCCGUGAGGAUGCGCCAAGCGAGGGAUCUUGUCGGUGCCUUGAAGCAGCAGAGAGACGCGGAGAGCCAGCUCAAGUUGCGGGAGGAGGAACAACGUCAGGCCGUGCAGUCCAUCCAAUGCAUGGCCAGGAGAAAUCAAGCCCGCCGGCGAGUCAGCGCUUUGAGACAAGAACGCGAGAUCGAACACCAGCGGGCUCAGGAGCUGGCCUUCGAACGGCAGCGUGAGGCCGAGCAAGAGGCCGCCGUCAGUAUCCAGCGAGCAGCAAGGGGACACCACGCCGUGAAACACGUCAACGCCUUGAGGCAGCAGAGGGACACCGAGAUCCAACGUCACCAAGAAGCGAGGAUGGCUAUGCAAGCGGAGAUGCGAGAACAGGCCGCCUCGUGUAUUCAACGGGUGAUCAGGUGCAGACAAGCCUUGGCACGGGUUUCUGUGUUGAAGCAGCAGAGAGACGCGGAGAGCCAGCUCAAGUUGCGGGAGGAGGAACAACGUCAGGCCGUGCAGUCCAUCCAAUGCAUGGCCAGGAGAAAUCAAGCCCGCCGGCGAGUCAGCGCUUUGAGACAAGAACGCGAGAUCGAACACCAGCGGGCUCAGGAGCUGGCCUUCGAACGGCAGCGUGAGGCCGAGCAAGAGGCCGCCGUCAGUAUCCAGCGAGCGGCAAGGGGCCACCACGCCGUGAAACAUGUCAACGCCUUGAGGCAGCAGAGGGACAUCGAGAUCCAACAUGACCAAGAAGCAAGGAUGGCUAUGCAAGCGGAGAUGCGAGAACAGGCCGCCUCGUGUAUUCAACGGAUGGCCAGGUGCAGACAAGCCUUGGCACGGGUUUCUGUGUUGAAGCAGCAGAGAGACGCGGAGAGCCAGCUCAAGUUGCGGGAGGAGGAACAACGUCAGGCCGUGCAGUCCAUCCAAUGCAUGGCCAGGAGAAAUCAAGCCCGCCGGCGAGUCAGCGCUUUGAGACAAGAACGCGAGAUCGAACACCAGCGGGCUCAGGAGCUGGCCUUCGAACGGCAGCGUGAGGCCGAGCAAGAGGCCGCCGUCAGUAUCCAGCGAGCGGCAAGGGGACACCACGCCGUGAAACAUGUCAACGCCUUGAGACAGCAGAGGGACACCGAGAUCCAACGUCACCAAGAAGCAAGGAUGGCUAUGCAAGCGGAGAUGCGAGAACAGGCUGCCUCGUGUAUUCAACGGGUGAUCAGGUGCAGACAAGCUUUGGCACGGGUUUCUGUGUUGAAGCAGCAGAGAGACGCGGAGAGCCAGCUCAAGUUGCGGGAGGAGGAACAACGUCAGGCCGUGCAGUCCAUCCAAUGCAUGGCCAGGAGAAAUCAAGCCCGCCGGCGAGUCAGCGCUUUGAGACAAGAACGCGAGAUCGAACACCAGCGGGCUCAGGAGCUGGCCUUCGAACGGCAGCGUGAGGCCGAGCAAGAGGCCGCCGUCAGUAUCCAGCGAGCGGCAAGGGGCCACCACGCCGUGAAACACGUCAACGCCUUGAGACAGCAGAGGGACACCGAGAUCCAGCAUGACCAAGAAGCAAGGGUGGCCAUGCAAGCGGAGAUGCGAGAACAGUCCGCCUCGUGUAUUCAACGGGUGAUCAGGUGCAGACAAGCCUUGGCACGGGUUUCUGUGUUGAAGCAGCAGAGAGACGCGGAGAGCCAGCUCAAGUUGCGGGAGGAGGAACAACGUCAGGCCGUGCAGUCCAUCCAAUGCAUGGCCAGGAGAAAUCAAGCCCGCCGGCGAGUCAGCGCUUUGAGACAAGAACGCGAGAUCGAACACCAGCGGGCUCAGGAGCUGGCCUUCGAACGGCAGCGUGAGGCCGAGCAAGAGGCCGCCGUCAGUAUCCAGCGAGCGGCAAGGGGCCACCACGCCGUGAAACACGUCAACGCCUUGAGACAGCAGAGGGACACCGAGAUCCAGCAUGACCAAGAAGCGAGGAUGGCUAUGCAAGCGGAGAUGCGAGAACAGUCCGCCUCGUGUAUUCAACGGGUGAUCAGGUGCAGACAAGCUUUGGCACGGGUAUCUGUGUUGAAGCAGCAGAGAGACGCGGAGAGCCAGCUCAAGUUGCGGGAGGAGGAACAACGUCAGGCCGUGCAGUCCAUCCAAUGCAUGGCCAGGAGAAAUCAAGCCCGCCGGCGAGUCAGCGCUUUGAGACAAGAACGCGAGAUCGAACACCAGCGGGCUCAGGAGCUGGCCUUCGAACGGCAGCGUGAGGCCGAGCAAGAGGCCGCCGUCAGUAUCCAGCGAGCGGCAAGGGGCCACCACGCCGUGAAACAUGUCAACGCCUUGAGGCAGCAGAGGGACAUCGAGAUCCAGCAUGACCAAGAAGCGAGGAUGGCUAUGCAAGCGGAGAUGCGAGAACAGGCCGCCUCGUGUAUUCAACGGGUGAUCAGGUGCAGACAAGCCGUGUCACGGGUAUCUGUGUUGAAGCAGCAGAGAGAGGUCGAGAGGCAGCGAGAGUUAUACGAGGCGGAUAUGGAGCGGGAAGCGGAGGCCCGGCGAAAUGCAGCUGAGUGCAUACAACGCGCCGUGAGAUUCCGCCAGGCAAUCAUUAAAAAGUCCGCAUUGAGGAGACAGAGAAACGCCGACAUCAAGCGCCAGCUGGAGCAGGAGUCUGAGCCGGUAUCGUUGAAAUUUGCCAAGAUGAUGGCGGCGGCAAGGCGAGCGUCGGGCGUUGGGCUAGGCAUUGCGUCAACCCCACUCCCUCCAGAGCUGCAACCGGUACCGGGAAUGACACCAAGUCCUGAACUAUCUGAAAGAAAUAUACCACCGAUAGAUAGUGAUGAUGGAUAUUCCGUUCAGAGCAGAGAAGAAACAAGCAUUGAGGGUCAGCGCGACGGAGUGGAGGAGGCAAAACAUGAUACCCAGGAAGUAAUCGGGGCACUCAGUGCCGCAAGACACGUCUUGGGUGGUAGCGAACCUCCGGCGUCGGCGGUGGGAAAUGAACAACGUGGAAUGAGCCGGAAGUUAUCGAGUUCAUCAGAGGGCAGAGAGUCUUCCACAGCCACGGGAUCGGGUACAGAAAAAUCACAGCACGAUGGUGUCAUCGACACGCAAGAAGGACCGGGCGAAGUUUCGUUGCACGACGAAGACGUUGCCUCGAGCGGCAUCGACAAGCUCCACCACGGGGAGGAUAAAGAAAACAACACGACCGUGCAGGUUCUUUCAUCAGGCGAUAAUCCCGCCGUUUCUUCCUCAGGCGACGACGACAACGAAAUGCAACCAAGUGAGGAUGUUCGCCUCCAUACGCCACUCGUGCCAGCACGUGGCGAUCCCGCAGCAUCUACAACAACGGUACCGGACCGACCACCGACGACCAACGGCGACCAAACCCAGAAUGUGGCCGACAAUGCCUUUUCCGCCGUCCCGGGCCCUGAAGCUACAGACGGGCGCACCGCAGAGAUAGGAACAGCUGAGACCUCUCCACCACGUUCAAGUCGCGAAGAGGGCACCGUCGAGCAACAGGGGGCGGAUCCAUCCGCGGCCCAUCACAAAGAACAUGGUGACGCGGUUGCGGAACAUCCGUCGACCGGGGAAGAUAUUGCGGAAGGCUGGGAGCGGCACCUAGAUGAAGAAACUGGAGCUGCGUACUAUUUUCACCCAGAGACGGGGGUUACCUCCUGGGACUUGCCUUCCACCACCGUUGGGGACGCCGGCGAGGAAGGUCAUACUGCGCAAAAUGGGAGAGAAACGUUGGUGCUGUACGACAACGACGGAGAAGGCGGGACUUCGCGGGCCGGAUCAGCCGCAGUCGAUGUCACGGUUGAAACGGCAGGAACUGGAGAAGGCCAGCUUUUGCAGGACGGGCCGACGGGUGAUGACUACCGUAGCGAGGAAGGCGUCGGCGAAUCGGGAAAAGACGCAGAUAUGGCAGAGGCGGUCGCAGCAACGACAGACCCAUCGGUGAACGAGGAGGGUCUGCAGGCAUACGACCACGAGGCUGGAGGGGCUGCCGAGGAGGGAGACGAGUGGCAAGAGGUAGUCGAUCCGGACUCGGGGUCCAGCUAUUUCUACAAUCCAUCGACGCGGCAAAGUACGCGGGAGAAUGCUGCAUGGAGAUGA